GGCGUUACUGGGACUGCUGUUUUCCAUUUUGACAAAUCAGAUAAUUCAAACUGAUAAACUCGAAAUAUUCCCCAAAGUAGAAAAAGACGAACAAGUGAUUGAACAAGGCUCAACCCUAUCACUCACUUGCAUCAAAGAAUUGUCGGAUAAUUUAAUCGAGCUGAGAUGGACCCUUCCCAAAUUCCAAACCUCUCUUCCUGCGAUAUUUCGACACGGACGACUCGAAAAAAUUACUUUUAGGAAUGAAACGCACCUCAUCUCGACAAUGACUUUGACCAACACCACUAACGACGACACGGGCUUUUACAAUUGCAGCGGAAACUGGGAACAAGAUCGAUACGUUUACGUUUCUAGUCGGAUAAUAUUUUCAAAGAAACUAUUAACAUUCAGACAUAACGUUAACACUUUCGAUUCGCAUUAAGAAAUUCGAUUUUUAUCCAUUUCAUUACAACCCAUCCCAACGUCACCAUCACCAUCUCCACCAGCAAACGAGAGAAAUAGGCGUCGAACCACAAAAGGCAUUCCGCAAGAUAUUUGAUUCCUCAUCUCCAACUGAAAAUUCGAGAUGGUCAUUCCAUCCCAGAAAUGGACUGACGAUAAAGAAUGCAACCGUUUCUGACUCGUCCAUUUAUUAUGUCGUUAGUUACUUGCGCUUCGUUAACGGUAAACGAGUCGACAUUAAACACGAAAAAACUACAGACGAAUUUCUGAGCUGGAUCAUCCCACCGGAUGAACUCAAUUAUUCUUCAGUAAUGCAAUUUUCUUUGAUUGUAGAAGGAAUGGAAGUAGAGGGAGCACCUGACGAUCCAGUGGAAGGAUCAAACGUCACAUUGAUUUGCACAACUUCCGCGUAUUUUCACAAUGUUCCACCUUCGUGGUUCUAUUACGACAACGGCCAUCAUCACCAAGUGACAAUUAAAACAGAUGUUCAAAUAAAAACGGAAAGAGAAUGGAAAGAUUUAAUUUUCUACAAGAGCCAACUGUACCUUACUAACGUCACCCUAAAAAGCCCCUACACAACAUUGAAAUGCGGGUACGAUACUGAAAAUUCGACCAUAAAAGAAAUCUCCUUCGCCAUUAAAGAAAUCGACAACGACCCAGUGUCUAAUUCAAUCACACUAGAAAAAGGAAUCACCCAAAUUUUGUCCUGCAACCGAUUAUCGCAACAUGUUCCUAUUCAUUGGCUCAAGGACGGCAACCAAUUCUCUGGCACAGUUGACGAGACAGAAACCUGGUCAACUCUGCCACUAAAAGGAAAAUCAAAGGAAGCUGGAAUCUACAAAUGCCAAUGGAAAAACGGCAGAGGAGAGGCCAGAAACAGAAACUUCAACGUCACUGUCACUUUCGUUGAAGAAGAAACAAAUGCCAUGAUUCUGUCGGUAACUUUCAUCGGAUUACUUGCAGUCGGAGUGGGAGUUGGAAUCAAACUUUACUUUGACAAAACAAAAGCGGAAAACCAAGUUGAAAAAAUCCUGAAUCCGGGUGAAAUCGACCCGAAUAUUCUGAUUAAAACGGAAUUCCUGUCCUACGACCAAAUAGGAGAAUUUACGAAGAAACAGCUCAGACUCGUUUUGUUGUUCCUCGAUAUUUGAUGCAUUUAAAACAAAAUAAUUUGAAAUU